ACCAGGGCCCAUUACCGCAGUAUAGUCGUCGUUGACUCCCGAGUUUCAACCCAUCUGCAAACGAACAUUAUAGCGUGGAGGUUAUGUUGUUACUGUGCUUUGUUUAUAGCAGCCGAUCAGUUCAUUUGCUAGUGCUCGACGUGGGAAGAGAUUCACAUUCGCAAUAUACCACAGUAAGAGAGACGCGAAGAGUUUGAAGAGAGCUUCGCUUCGCUUGAUUUCUGAAACGGCGAAAUCCGAACAUGGUGAACUACUGGCUGAUGAUCACUGCCGAGUUUGAGAACGUCGCCACUCUCCAGCCUCAGGGCGGUUGCGACGAUCCUUCUUUCACCUAUUUCUUCAAGAUGAAAUGUGGAAGCUGCGGGGAGCUGACCGAUAAGGAAACUUGUGUUGCUUUGGAGAGAUCGGUUCAAAUUCCGGGUAGCAAGGGCACUGCUAAUCUUGUUCAGAAGGCGUAUCAAUCAGUUAUGAGGAUGGAUCUUGCUAGCAGUAAGCACAGAGUAGUUCCAAUUGCUACAGUGGCUAAGGUCAUUUUCCUUUGUAAUGAAUGGUUGUGUUAUUAUUGUCCAUCUGCAUUUCACUCUCCACAGUGCAAGUUUUGUGAGAGGGAAGGAACUGUGUCCUUGAUCCCGGGGAAAGGUAAACCACUCACCCAGGAACUCAGUGAAGCUGGGAAGUAUACAGGAUUGAUGAUGUUCGAUUGCCGAGGUUACGAGCCUGUGGGAUUUCUCUUUGAGGGUGGAUGGAUGGUUGAAACAGCUGCGGGGACUAAAUUCGAGGACAUUGACUUGUCUGACGGGGAGUUUAUGGAGUACGACGAGAAGGGAAAGUGCUCAGUCAUGAUAUCGAACCUCAAAUCUGGAUUUGUGGUUGCAAAGGGGAAAUGAUUGGUCUUUCUGCAUGCAUCAUCUGCAAAUUCCGUACUAGCACUACUACUACUGUCUUUGGGGUACAUAAAAACUAACUCUUGUGAAGUGGUGUGGAAAGAGUGUUGUCAUCGUUCAGUGGGAUUGCAUGUGGUUUUCAAUUGUUCUUCAGGGGUGUGUCUGAGCUCCGAUGAACUCGUCCGUUGUUUCUGUAAACAGAUGUUCAUGGGAUUCUAUUGGCCAAUUGUGGUGGUUCCUCUAGGAUAUGAAUCUCAAAUUUGAGUUUGCAGGAGUCGGGAUGACAUUAUAAAGACUUGGUAGGAGCUAGAAAACAGCGGCAGCUCGUCGGGUUGGUUUGUGAUUUCGAUAGCAAUAGGUUGCUUUUGUGGAAGAAAAGAAGGGGAAGGGUGUAAAAUGUCAAUCAAUAGAUAGGUGUGUAAGAUGGAUGGAGGUUAGUAGGUAAUUAGGUAGGUUGGUUUGGGCCGGUGAGAUGGCAGCUACCUAAGUUAGGCUUAGCUUCUGGAGGAGUUUAAUGCCGCCAUUUCAACAACCAAAUGGAUUCCCUUUACAGUUUUUAAGAGAACAAGCAUGUAAAGCAUCUUGACGGGCUGCUGGGGAUAAAGUCGUCGGGUUGCACGAUCGAUCUGAUCGAUACAACCUGUUAAAUGCAUGUGGCGGCUGACAUUUCUGUGUGCAUUUGACAACUGAAAGAAAUUUCAGAAUGUAUGAUGUAACGAAAUCAACAUGUGUUGCGUCUUUCUCAUUAUAGGACUAACUAGAUUCAGAUUUUUGACCAACCGAGUCACUGAAAUCUGGUGAGUUUUCCGGUAACAAAGUC